UGCGAGUUAAUGAUUCAAUGCCUUUAAUAAUUCAGCAAAGAAUAACAAAAUGAGAACGUACAGCAGUGGCUCACAUGACUCUGCCUGUUCUCCCCAUGACCUUUCGGGAUGGUGUUUGUGCUGCACUGCCUUCCCAGCACACAUCCUGUGCAGUGCUUUGCUUACAGGCUGCUUUCAGGCAAACAGGCAGAACUUUGCAGUCCACCAUCACACCUUCAGAGUGCUGCCUUCUCUGGCAGCAGGGAAACAACCAGUAAAAACUCUCCUUUCUCCAUCAGAAAAACUCAACAGAAAGCAAAACUUCAUUUCCAGACUCCUCAGUGAGCAGAACACACAACCACCAUAACACUUCUGUGUUCAAGCCCUAUUUUUUUCCUUUUGAAACUACAAUGACACAUCACACAAAAACACUGCAAGGAGAAUCAUUUUCUUUUGACCGAAGUCCCCAAAGAUACCAUUUGCUCAAGAAUAACUUCGCCCAGAGAAGUUCUUCUAAAAAAAAAAUAAGUUGGUAUUUUCAGUGAGAAAUCAAUUCUCUGAAAAUAGAAACAGUUCUGUUGGGAAAUCCCCCUCCAUGGCACAGACAGCCCCGCUCCCAGCUCUCACAGAGGUGAUUCCCAGCACGAUUGCACAUCCCACGACUGACCCUGAAGGUGAGGUGGGUCAUUGGCUGCACAGGAAUUCUGCCACAGCAGGAGGUGCUAUGGGAGAUGCAGUCUAACUGUGAAAUUGGUCAGGCGCUGCAGAAAUUGCACAAAUAACAGUUUCCUUUGGUCCCUAUGAAGUGAUAGCUGCUGGUUUUUGUCUGACAGAUGUUUGCCAAGCUCCAUGUGAUGCAGGGAACACCUGAGAGCCAGGGCUGCCCUCCAUGGGCAGGAGGAAAUUCCACUUGCUGUCUAUUCCCCAAAGCCUUAAUGGUGUUUGUACACAAGAGCCACGCCAUGUGCUCUCACCUGAGCUGAGCACUUCAGGCUCUCUCCCUCAGUAAAUGCAGUAAUGAAUUAAUUUUGCAUGCAGUGCUAACUGCCAUAAUAUUAAUGACUAACAAUAACAGUAAUGGCUUUACUGCUGUAAAUCUUUACUUGCAACACUUGAGGACCCCAAACACUCCCAGUCUCCAAGAAAACACACUUUGCUCAAGUCUCCAUUGCUGCAGCACACGUUAUUUCACUUACUCAUCUGCCUGUGUUCUCAGGAAUGAAUGGUGCCCUCGAGACAGCUUUGUGAGGGGAAACUCUGCACAGAAGGCAUAGCACAAGCAAUGUUCCUGAAUACAGGCAGCUGCUGCUUGUUAUCAUGGAAACCCUAUUUGAAGCAUGACCCCAAGGCACACUGCAGUGGGCAGCACCAGGGAUGCUCAGCAGGACGGAUCAGGGAGCAAACCCCACCAAGCACACACAGCACAGCAUGAAGAGCCACUUUUAAGGCAGAGGGUCCCAGGUCCUCUGGUAUAACAGGCUGACAAAGCAUUAGAGCAGCCUUCCUGGAGUGGCUCAGCCCCUCACACGAGCAAUAGCUCCCACAGUCUGCACACUCCAUCUCAGUUCAUACAUGUUUUCAGGAUGUGGGAGCAGCAAGGGAGGGAUUGGCACAGCCUUGUGCUAUGUACCAAGGAUAGCUGGAACACUCCUGAUUCACCCAGUUUAAAUAGAAGUGAUGGGUGCUGCUCCUCUGUGACAGGAGACAAAUGAGACACAGAAGUGGACUUAGGCAAGGUUACACUCCUGCUGUACUUCAAAUUGAUUCAGUGCAAGGUCAGCUCUGUUUGGCAGCCCUUGAUUCUGCUACAAUUCUGAUAUGACAACAGGUUUGGGAUACUGCAACAGGCAGAUUCCUGCUCUAGCCAUGGCACCCACUGAAAACCAGUGAGCUGUAUUCUGCAAAGGUCUCAGUAGAAAAGCAGCCAGCAGAUAACACACAAUAAGACUAAGUGCUGUCGUUUGCUUUUCUAAUAAAAAAGGAUUUCAGAAGGUAUCAAGAAUGGGAUAUUUCACAUACUUUGUUCAGAGGAAGUUCAACAAAAAAAAAAAAUCAGAGGGACUGAAAGAACUGAUUUUUAAAAAGAGCUGUACAGGACUGAAAAAAUAAUCCUCUAACUCUGUAUCCCCCUUUUUUCUACCUAAGCUCCUUAGAACUUCAUCUGAAUCCCUAACAAAGAUGCAUUUCUAUCAAAAGCUGUGGGUUCAGAGGGCUGCUUUGUGUUUAUGCUUCCCCCCCCUGCAAUGAUGAAGCUCUGCCAGCUUUGUUUGUACCUCCUUUGCAGUGAGGGAAGAAACACAAUUGAAGCCACGGGUAUCAAAACAACAGUUAAAUGUGUUAAAAGAUGUUGUUCUUUGUCUGACCCCCAUCAAAACUCAACCACCUUCCCCUUCCUACACCCACUGCUCCCCAGCACCGCACGUGACUGAGAUUAAAGCCAUUUCCAUGGAUUAAUGUGCUCUACAGAGGACUUACCCAGAGCACCAUUAAUGCUCCUGGGCAUUACCCCACAUUCAGGAGUGCUCACAGCAAACCAACUGGGGGCAAGUAGGAGCUAAGAGCACCACUCAGUUCCAUCCCUGGUGAGCAGAGGAGCCCCAGCUGGUACGUAGCACACGGGACCCCAACCACUGCUGUUACGUACUGGCAGAAGUGCAUCUCUACAGAACUACCUGGGUGUCUGUAAGUUACUCUGGCUGCGGGGGGUGGUGGAGAUUCGUUAGGAAAGAUCAGGAAGCGAGCGACAGAAAUAUAAAGGUUUUUGCUUAUUGCAGUGAUCUCUGAAAUAUGAGUGGAUCAGCCCCGUGGAAGCUGCGUGUUUCUGCAGCCAACCUCGACAUGCCAUCACCACUCGAGGCAGUUCUGCUGCCCCAUCACUCAGCACAAGCCGUGUCGUGCAGCACUGCUGUGAUGAAUGCUGCUGGGGACAGCAGAGCUCUGCCAGCUCCUCCUAAAGGCAUUUCUCACACAGCAACGCUGAGUGUGUUUGGGCUGACAGGAAGCAUCCUGCUAAAUAUUAGCUACAGCGCAGCCACUCAGUUACCUUCAGUGAUUUAAAUGGAAAGGACUAAGGGCUAUAUUAUAUAACUUGCUUUCUGUAACCUCCCCUGUAGCACGCUGAGUGUUGGUACAGGAGGGAAUGCUUCUCUUGCUGAAGAGAAUCAACACAUUCCAGCUGUAAGUGGGAGCAAGAAAGAUUUGUUGAGGGUAGGAUUGCUUUGCCACCCUGGCUCAAGAAGGGUGUUUUCUUGAGACUUUGAUCUAUCUGGGGUAGCUUAGAGCUUAUAAAGCAGUCUGAAGACAGCGGGGAAGAUUUAAGGAGGAAGGAAAGGAACAGCAAAGUUGGGAAUGUUUCCAAGGUUGCAGCCCAGACUGUGCUGAUUGGCUUCCUCUCAUCAUCUCUGUGAUAAUUAUCUGUUGAUUUGUAUGUCUGGAUUAAUCCAAAGAUUUCUAGUGAAGGCUGAAUCAGGUCUACCAGAAUGGUGGUAACAUCAGUGACAGCCCCAGCAGGAAAAGCCAGCUAGAUCAGAGUACCUCUUCCAUUUCUCCCCUUCACACCUUUCUGGGGGUUGUGAGCACCUCUGCCCAAGGCACAGAUGUGCAGCUCAGGAUGUGCAGGCAGUGGCACAGAGGCAUUCUGCUGUUCCAGCACUGACACUCAGAGCUCACACUGCUGCAGAAAAAUCCAAUGCAACAAAUGCCAACAGCAGCCGAAGCCACACAUCCCUGCACACAGGGAAAUUAAAGGUGAAAUACUGCAGAGCUCCUGAGAACAGUGCAUCAUGCAGCAAUGUUUUCUUUCUGCUCAAACUAUGCAUUAACAUUAACACAUUAAAUGGGUGUCGAGAAAAGCAGACUUGAGGACUGUUUGGAGGGUGAACCCAUUCCCUUCCUCAGGUUCUUGCUUAAAGUUUAACUUUGUCAGCCACAUUCACAACCAAUACAUUCAGCAGCAAAAGUUCAAAGCAGUGAAAAGCUAUGGCACAAUGACCUUCAUUUCUCCAUCCUCUCUUUUAUGAGCAGAGGUUUCAGUGUAAGCACAGGCUGUGACACAAAACAACAAAUCUGUACUUUAGUUCUGGCUUUCUGAAAUGUAAUUCGUGCUUAUCAAUAACAUCAUCCCUUUGCUACUGGUUGCUGUAUCAAAAGGUGAUCCGUGGUCUCUGUAAUACUGUAUCUAAUGGAAAGAUUUUAGCUAUCAAAAAUAUUAAGCAGCUUCUGCUUCAGAGUAAAUGGAAGAAAGCCUUUGCUAAAGAGCAGCUCACUCCUGCGUGGUCAGAGACAAGACAUGCAUCCACUCAGGAGGAGCAGAGUCUUCCUUUACCAGCAACUAGGAGCCAGCUUUACUACCUGCACAAGCAGAGCAUCUACAUUUGAAAGGCUGAAUUGAAGUAAGGCGAAUUUUGCACUGAUACAUGUCAGCAGAUGCAAUCCAAUCCAGUGGCACAGAAUGAACAGCAAUCAGCUGCACAGCCCCCAGCACCUUCUGGUCUGAGAUGCAUUGCUGAAGUGCCACACAUCCCACAGCAAACAUCCCAGCCUGUGAAUGGCUGAGGAUGCUUUGUCCUCAGAGAUGCAAUAAACUCAAUAUUCUCUGCGUGAGUCACCAGUGAGGAUAUUUUCCCACCAUGUUUCUGGGUUGUUUUUAAGCUAGAAAUUUUGCCCCCAAGAAAUGUGGUUACAGCACACGUUCAGCUACACAAGAAGAAUUUUGUUUAAUAAAGGCUAAAGAGGCACACAGGGUACGUUCCCAGGGUGGGUCAGCUCCUCUAACACAUCUUCUGUUAGAAAGGAAGACAUUUCAUGCUUGAGGGGUAACCAACUCUAAAGUGGAUUGUCUCUGAGAACAUCCCUAAGUCUGGGAUCAAAAUCCGCCCAUGAACAGAGCAGCCAUCUGUAACUCUACAGUGGAUGAAGCUCACCCCACCCCUACACCAGUGACUAACUUCAGAACUGGGACAUUUCUGCACGUUUGCUGAUCCCACUCUGAUCACAUCUGUGCUAUUUCCCCCAUCAGUGACUCCUACAUCCUGGGUCUCUUGCUAACGUGGGCAGGCAGAAAGGACAAAAUUAACAGAGACACAGAGCUGCACUUUCCCUUAAGAAUGGAUUUCAAAAUCCACGCCUUUCCUCUUGGCAUUACUUUUGGGAUGAGCGAACACCCAACUAUAUUCCAGCAGCAGCAUUACCAUCUGUUUCAUCCUCUCCUAGAAGUCCUGCUUCUGUGUUUCCAGAGUUCAAAAUCCACACCUCAAACCCAACCUAUAACCAUGCUAAAAGUCACUGCAUCCAUCUGGCUUCAUUAGACAUUCUGCACCCUUCUCCCAUUUCCUCCUACAUGCACACUCCAUCACACCUGAUGAACACACAAACUUCUUUAAGCCCAGUUUCAUCUUCUAGAAGACAGAAAAACCUCAAAGCUGAGCUGCUCCCUGUUUGUUUUCCCACUGCAUGCCCACAGUGAUCUUCACUGCUUCUCUAUUCCUCUGCUUGUUCCACUGAGUAAGGGAUAACAUUAAGUUGGCUGAUUCUUAACUUCACAAGUUCACUAAGCAAGCUGAAAUGAUUUUUUUUUUUUUUUUGCUGGAAUGCUCCUUAGGCAAAAAUCUGCUCAUUUUCUCAUAUACUUACUGGAAAUUUUCUCCAGUAGUGGAGGGAAAAUAUGCAAAUUGUACAACAUUUUCCUAAGCAGGAGUCUUGAGACCUUGGCAGUCUUCACUCCUCGCCUGCAGGUACAAACAAGACCCAUAAUGUUCAUUAUUUCUCAUUCUGCAGAACACCAGCAGCAGAGGCAAUGUUCAACUACCUCCGGAAGCGCUUCGCCAGCCACAUCACAGAACGAAGCCGGAGAAAAGCAAGGCUUGUUUCCAAAGAUGGAAGGUGCAACAUAGAGUUUGGUAACGUAGAGCAGUCAAGGUUUGUCUUUUUGAUUGAUAUAUGGACGACUAUCCUGGAUUUGAGAUGGAGAUACAAAAUGACCAUCUUCAUUUCAGCAUUCUUAGGCAGCUGGUUUCUGUUUGGUCUCCUCUGGUACGUUGUGGCCUACAUACACAAAGACCUUCCAGAAUUCAAUCCCUCCAUAAAUCACACCCCUUGCGUUGAGAAUAUCAACGGUCUGACUUCAGCUUUCCUGUUUUCCUUGGAGACACAGGUCACUAUUGGCUAUGGCUUCAGGUGUGUCACAGAACAAUGUGUCACUGCCAUUUUCCUGCUCAUCUUCCAGUCUAUCCUGGGGGUAAUCAUCAAUUCUUUCAUGUGCGGUGCCAUCUUGGCCAAGAUUUCAAGGUCCAAAAACAGGGCCAAGACCAUCACCUUCAGCAGGAAUGCUGUCAUCAGCAAACGUGGUGGGAAGCUCUGCCUCCUCAUCAGGGUGGCAAACCUCAGGAAGAGUCUUCUCAUCGGGAGUCACAUCUAUGGCAAACUCCUGAAGACCACCAUCACCCCAGAAGGAGAGACGAUCAUUCUGGACCAGGUCAACAUAGAGUUUAUCGUUGAUGCUGGCAACGAAAAUCUCUUCUUCAUUUCCCCAUUGACUAUUUACCAUAUCAUAGACAAGAACAGCCCUUUCUUCCACAUGGCAGCAGAAACAAUUCUGCAGCAAGAUUUUGAACUGGUGGUGUUUUUAGAUGGCACUGUUGAAGCCACCAGUGCUACCUGCCAAGUGAGGACAUCUUACAUCCCAGAAGAGGUGCUCUGGGGUUAUCGCUUUGCUCCCAUUGUGUCCAAGACCAAAGAAGGGAAAUACAGAGUAGACUUCCAGAACUUCAGCAAGACAGUGGCAGUGGAGAUGCCCCACUGUGCCUUCUGCCUCUACAAUGAGAAAGAAGCUAAAGCCAAAGAGAAGAAAGGCUAUGACAACCCUGGUUUUGUCUUGGCAGAAGUUAGUGAAGCCAGUGACACAAAAAUGUAGCUCCAAACCUUUAUCAGACUGCACCUUUCUGCGUAAUUAAAUCAAUCUUGAGAGGAUUAACAACUUAGUGAAACCAGUAACAGGUUUGUUUUAACUCUACAGCAGCAUCUAUCUUCUCAAAAGCCUCAAAUCAGAGAGGACCAGCAUACCAGUGAUCACCAGAACACUAUUUAACAAUGCUAUGUAUUUCAUAGAAUUUGUAUUUUUAUAUCUGUGGGACACUUUACGAAGCUGCUAAGUUGGAGCGUCCAACUCACUUAAACUCCCAGAGGCACAUCAGCCUUACAAAGCCUGGAAAGAGGAACUUUAAGUCACCCUUAAGGAGCAAAGCUGCGAGAAUGAGAGCAUGAGAAGAACAGACAGAAGGCCAAAAUUCUCCAUAAGGACCAAAGGGACUUGCAAGUCAAAACCUCACCAGAAAUGCAUGUUUCUCAUUGCCAAAGCCCUCUGUGGAUGCAGACUCUUUGGUUCCGGACCUUUUGAGCACUUUUGAACAUUUUGAAACAAUUCCUUCUUAUUUUGAGCUGACAUAUUUAUAGAAAUGGAGCACUAAGGGACGGCACACGUUUAGGAAGGGAUUUUGAAGACAGAGCCUAUGCCAUCCUCCUGCAACUACAAUGUCAUAAGGAGCUCUCUUCUGGGAAAGCUUUUGAUUCCUUGAGAGAAAAUACCAAAUGGAAAUGGAAAGUGAAAACAAGCACAGACACCUGUCAUGAGAGAUGAGGAACACUGCAGCUUGUUCUUAAUCAUCUCACCUUCCUGAUACCCCUCUGUCCACUUCUGCCAGGAGGCAGCUGCUGUGAUACUGAGAAAUCUCAGAAAGCAGCAGCCAGUGGAACAGAAGCACAGCGGGGAGGUGAAGAGCACCCAGAUUGCAGCACAUCUGGUGGGAGAGCAAUCCUCUGGGAGAAGAGAGGAACUUCCCAGCACAGGAUGCAACUUUGGAACAACCCACAACACCAGCAAGGCCUUUCUUUGAAGCUACAACUAAAGCACAGUGAAAUGCUGUAUCACAGUAGGUACUGCAGUAAUGACAGCAUGGUAGCAAAGGCCUGGGCUGCAGCAAGUGAAGAUAUGCUCAAAUGCAACAGCUGUGGGCACAGAAAUAAA